AUGCAUCAAAAGAACUCGACCGUGACGCUGAACGGUGUCAAGUGUGGUGUCGAGCGGCAAGCGGACGGCAAGUAUCACUGCCCUGUUCCAAAUUGCACCUCCAGCCACGACCAAGCGGCAUAUCUGCGAAACCACAUUCGAAGAACACACGCAGAAGCGAACAGCAGACCAUCCCGUCGGAAACUUGGAUGUUCUCGCACAAAGAAGCGUGCAGUCAAGUUUGAUCAGCAGCAUGGCGUGGCCGGGGCUCGGAUGUUCAUGACCGACAUUGGUUGCCUUGUGUCUCCCGCGUCCGCGUCUCUGGUGUGCACGCCCUGCGAACGCGUGCUUGGUGGUAGCGUGCCAAAUCACCUGCUUAAAAAGCAUCAUAUACGAUGCAGCCAAGAAGACAUCGACGCAGCCACGGCACUCAUGCGUUCCUUGCAGCCCGAGGAGUCAGCAAUAGAUAUCGGAACAAUGUCUGGGCCGCGCGCGCCUGUGGAAGGCAUCCCCAUCCUAGACGGCGUGGGUUGCCCCAUGUGCCAGUCUUGCUUUACGACGAAAAAAAGUUUGCACUUUCAUUUGCAAAAAAACCGCGUAGAUGAGCCCGGUAUCAAACAGCCACCUCGACGCGUCAAGUUGCAAAAGCCGUUGCGUGGUGUCGGGGCCCGCUGUGUCGAGGUCAUUGUGGAGGAAAGCCACGACGCCUCGGCAGCCGACGUCAGCGAAAACGAGGAGGAGCUGGAGGAGCAGCAGCGGUUUAAGCAGUUUAUCUCAAGCACCCGGGCCAUGGCCUCAGAGGCCGAGGAGAAGCGCUGCCCGCACGGCGUUCACCAGAUGCAUCCGUUCUACGACAGCGUGGGCAUGACGCUGAUCCUGAACGAGCUGACCCCAGAGCAAAUUCUCAAGCUGGGUCACGAUACCCCACCCGCACCACUUGUGGCGGGCAUGCAAGAGCUCUUCUGGGAGGCCCACGAACAAUUGUCCCAGCACGGUCUGGCGGCUGCUUCCGUGGCGUCUUUGUUCGGAGAUGAAGAGUUUCAAGUUCAGCCGCAAUCUUUACCCCAAGUAUCUCCUGACACGAUGAGCAGAUACCUGAACAUUGGAGCGCGCUUGGUGCAAUUUUUACUGCUACUGGACGCAAUGCCAGCCCCCGAGCCAUCCAGCUUUUUGAGCCAGGUGCUUGCCAGUCGUGGGGAGGCCAUAACUACAGCUGCCUUGGCCGUGCAAGGGGCGCUGGAUGCGGGACUGAGCGGGAAGGAUCUUGUCGAGCCCCUGACGUCCCUGUGGCUGGCGCUGGUGAAUGCAGAGCUACGCCUCUUUGACAACGACAAGGUGCACUUUGUCAACGUGUUUUUAUUGUGCACGGCCGUUUCCACGGGAAGCGGUGUCUUGCAGAACAUCCGGCGCUGGACCACAACGCUGGCCGGCCUGAUUUAUAUUUUCAAGCUGUUUUUGCUCCGGUUUGGCAAGGCACAGCGAUGGGCCACUGCGGGUAAACUCAGAGCUUUCCUACAGCCCGGACGGCUGGUGCAUUUUUUGAGCCAGCGCAUGACGGCGGCUCGCUCUGCCAGCACGGUCGAGGGGCAGGUUGGAGUGGAUAUUGAGGUGCAAACGGACGGGGAUAUGACGGACGAGGCGCUGCACACUAUCGUUUGUCAAGGCGUUGAACUCAACGUGAAAGAGAUUGGGACCGCCCUGGCACAGAUGCGCAACGAUAUGAAGGAGGUCUUGGACACCCACCUCUUGCUGGGAUCUGGUCUGCGAGAGCAAUACAUUGGCGAGUAUGCUCGGCUACGGUCGAAGGAGGAUCGGACCAACAGGGUCAAGAAUUGGUGGGUGGGCCAUGGCAGCCCAGCUGAGCGGGCCCUAUUGGAUCACAUUGGCCAGACUCCGAGGUUGCGGCAAGAAUUUAUCUGCCCAGAGCCCAAGCCUGAAGGAGCUGAUGAAGAGCUGACCUUUCGAGAAGACCGUGUGCGGGAAUGGCUUUUAUUUGUGGGAAGGUUCAACCAGCUGGCGCUCACCUACACCCACAUGGCUGGAGAUGAGCAGCACACCUUUCGGUACAUGGACGAGGAGGUCAGCAAGCUGAUUUUCAUGUAUUUGCUCUUGUGCAAGCCUCUGGAGCAAAUGCUGACAAGUUGGCUGGAGAAGCGGGGCGCUCUUCAAACCCCUCGCGAUGGCGGGCGUGGAACCUUCGACGAUGAUCAGGAAGAGGAGGAUCUAUUGGAGGACGAGCGGGAUGAAGACCACAUGAGCCACGACGAUGUCAUGACCUUGCGACGCGAGCCAACGCUGGGAGUGGCAAAUUGGCGACACGCCGCGACCUUCUGGAUGACAACAUUUGUGACAAAUCGGCUCUUUGCCGACCCCGCGAGCACUUUGGGUAGCCUGAUGCGCACCCAGGCACAGCCCUUGGGCAACAUGGCCAAAGACUUCUUUGCUACCGCAACAAGCAACCAAUUGCAAGCCAAAAUGUCAUCACGUCUGAUGCAUCAGCUGGCCUCACAAAGCUGGCAUGCCUUUUUGGGUCUUGACCGCAAGCGCAGCGUAGCCGAGCUCACAGCCGCCAAGGAAGCUUUGGAAGUUCGCCACCCCAUAAGCUGGAGCGUGUCAUCAAAGCUUGAAGCAGACGGGCGCGUCAUCAUGGAUCCACGAGCCGAGCAUGAUGUCGCCUACAUGACCCAGCUGGCCCAGCAGGCACGCAUCUUGUGGGGCCACGGCUUUAAAAGCCAAGAACAAUUGGACCUGGCAGCGGCCAUUGACCAGCAUCGGGCCGAGGAUGGCUGGCUGAUUGUUGUCGCGCCGUUAGACAUGGACAAGACGCUUUGUACCAUGCCCAAACUGGGUUGUCGCCCGCAUGCCGGCACGGUGCUGUGGAUUGUGCCUUUUGCGACCUUGGCAGACAAUUUGCUGCGGCGUUUGCAAGCGGCUGGCCACAGUGCGCAAAGGUGGCUGGGCCCCUCGACGCCGGUAGCAGCUGGCCUGGACGUGCUUAUCAUCACGACUGACAAGUUUGUUCGCGCGGGCUCUGACGCCCUGCACGCACGUGCUUGCUUUCAAGGCAUUAGGACCGUGAUUCUGGACGAGGCGCACACGCUCAUCUCUGAUGCCAGCCACCGGAACAUGAUGGCUCAAAUCGGGGCCUGCGUGGCCUCUGGCGGAUGGACCAACAUCAAGCGCGUGGCGUUGACUGAUACUUUAUGCAUGUGCGACCAAGAGCGGCUUUUUCGACAGCUGGGUCAGGAAGCAGGGGGCAAACUGUACCGCCUGGAAACGAUGCGUCACAAUGUGGAGCUGCGUGUGCAUCAUGGCGACCAGCGGGCCUUCUUGUUGCACGUGCAAGGUCUUGUAGACAGGCAGCGGAUGACGCGUCAGGCGAAUGAGGAGCGUGUGCACAUGAUGGUCUUUUGUGACACGGUGGCCGAGGUAAAGCUGCUGUGUGACCAGCUGCACGCACGCGGCUAUGCAGCCUUGCCCUGCUAUGCAGACUUGGAAGAGAUGGCGCAGAAGGACCAUCUGGCGCGGUGGCAACAGAGUGAAUGCGACGUCAUUGUGGCCACCAGCUGUUUGAGCAUGGAUGUGGACCUGCUUACCGUCCGCCACGUGCUAUGGUAUGGCAGUGGCCAUGACGUCUAUACCCUGGUAAAGGAAGUGCAGCCAAGCAGCGUCUCACAGAGUGAACAUGUCAAUCCAUUGGGCGAGACUGCAGUGAUGGCUAAUGCAUUGCCACGGUCAAGUGCUGAACGACUUGAUGCAGCCACCGCAGAGCCCAUGGCCGUGCCAGAUUCACCCACGGUGUCAGAUUCCGAGCUUCAGGCACAGCGACAGGAAGAAGCUCGGGCGCAGCCAGUGCAGAGCAGUGACACUCGUCAAGCUCCAGCAUCCGGCGUGACGUUGGCCUCUGAAGCAGGCUCGGCCAUGGGUGAUGCUUUGCCAAGACCACGUGCAGCGCGGCUUGACGAAGAGGCCGCAGAACCCAUCAUGUCCCUGCCAGCAACACCAACGGCAUCUGACUUUGAGCUUGAGUUUGAUUCCCUGACAGAACUGCAAGAAGAUGAUGCACCAUGUUCUUCCGUGCCAGGCUCUGGACUAUCUGGCGCACACUCUACGCGGUCUUCUGCGAAACGAGUAACAUCUGCUACAUUGCCCCCGGCUGCUUUACCAUCGCGAAGAAGUGAGGCUGCGUCGAUGCCACACCUGAGAUCAGACAAGCGAGCCAAGACGACGCGCUCGCGCCUGAUCCACAAGGCGGCGGCUGACAAGUUUCUGGAUGCGCUGAGAUUGAUGCAUGCCUAUUGCAUGCCAUGUACCAUUCGCCAGUCUCAAGCCGUCUGGAAAGCUCAACAUAUCUGUCCCGAAUCAGACGACACAUGCACCCGGUGCCAUCUCGCGGGGCACAGUGCCGAUGAGUGCAACAUUGAUUUUGAAUCUGCCACACGAGAAUGUUGCGCCAGAUGUGGCAUGCCAUCUAGGAUUGGCGGCCACCCCUUGAAGCAUCUGCCGGGCUGUGCACUCGAUAAAGGCCUUGGACGAGUCUUGAGCUCCAUCGUCCUCCUUGCCGACUGUCAUCCGCGGCUGCGCCACCUGGCCAAGCGGAUGGGAUACGACCUUCAGCCCGGGACGCUGCAGACGCGACAUUUUCGCGAAAGAUUUAUCGCAUGGCUGUACUCGGAAGACAAGCAUCUGCCGGCAGGCCACUGGCACCUUGUGGAGUUUGUGAUUGAAAGCGUUGAGAUUUUGAUCGGGGCAGCCGCGAGGGCUGUGAUAUGA